UAGGCGAUCCCGAGUUAUUCUGAGCCGAGACACCGAGUGGAGUAGACGUGUGAAGUAGUGCUCCGAGAAUUUGUUUCUUCCACUUUUGCAUCAUGAUGCAUACCUUACUGUACUCUGAGAUGAGCCAGGCUGUGCCCGGGGGCACAUCGGUAAGCCCUGGCCACGAAGGUGGCUACGGGGAAUGCCAGGUUCCCUCACCAUCCCAGUGGUCCGACCCCUGCUACUCCCCUCCUUCAUUCCACUCCCCUCAACAUCACCCUGGGGAGCUUGAAAAGGUGAAGGAGGAACCCUUCUCCCCAUCUAACUGCGGCAACUUCCCACCCUCUCCUCCGGCUCCCCACCAUGUCUCUCCCUAUGCUCGUCCGCAACCCAACCUGAAGAAGGAAGGAUUUGAGGGCUCACUCAACCUGUCGGAGCUGCUGGCGGAGAACCAAGCCUUGACGAACGUGCACCAGCAGGCACCCCAUUAUGCCCCUUACCCCGACCACCCUCUUCUGCGAGGCCGCCUUGAAGACAACACCUUCCAGAAGAAGAUGGCUGUGCCCUAUAAGUCGGUGUCGUCCACCAUCAUGAAUGAGGGGCUGGGGUUCCUGGACAUGUUGGUGGACGUGAAGCAGGAGGUGGAGGAAGAGGUGAGCGUGGGGUCAUCAUGUGGGUCGCCUGCUGUCCCCGCCCCGCCGCCCUCUACCUCUCCCACGACAACCAGCACUGCCGUCGCUUGCCAGAGGGACAUCCUCGAGACGGUAGAGCAACUGGCCCUCGAGCAUGCCAGGAUGGACGUCCAGCGCGUCUCAGACUCCCUCAAAAUCCCCCGGGACCCCACCUUGUGGAGCGUGGCUGACGUGCGCGCCUGGCUCAACCUGCAGGCAACCCAGCUUCAGCUGCCGCCACUCAUGCUCAAUUUCUGGAACCUGGGCGGCCCUGCGCUUCUUAAACUGACGGAGGCGCAGUUCCGCCAGCUCGCUCCCGUAGGUGGUGAGCUGCUGUAUGCCCAGUUGGAGAUCUGGCGGGGAGCUCUGCGGGCGGCGCCCAAGCUCCCCCAGUACCAACACUGGUAUCGCCUUUACCCUGACCAGCCCCUCAUGCCAGCACCGCAGCAGCAGCAGCACCAGCAGUGCCAGCAGCAAGUGCCCCAGGCACCCCAGCUGGAGUCCCCAAGCCAGUUAAGCUCUUCAAGUCAGCUUGGCUCACCGAGUCAGCUUGGCUCGCCGAGUCAGCUUGGCUCGCCGAGUCAGCUUGGCUCGCCGAGUCAGCUUGGCUCGCCGAGUCAGCUUGGCUCGCCGAGUCAGCUUGGCUCUCCGAGUCAGCUUGGCUCACCGAGUCAGCUUGGCUCACCGAGUCAGCUUGGUUCUCCGAGUCAGCUUGGCUCUCCUGUUCACUUAGGUUCGCCAUCAAGCCCUCCUAUGUCCCUAACUACUAACAUGGGUCAAGUGCCCACGCCUGUAGUGCAGGUGAAUCGGCAGCAGCAGCAGCACCUCCAGGCUGGUGGUGGCGCAGGUACUUGCCAGCCCCAGCCAGGCGCCCCGGCCCCACAGCCUCCACAGCAGCAGCAAGCCAGUGGCACCGUCUAUCUGGAGGAACAAUGCCUAGACAUGACGGCCCUUCUCCAGCAGCAAGCCAGCAGCCCCAAGGCCGCCCACAUCGCCCGUGUCCCCGCUCACUCACCCCAGGACGACGCCUUUGAUUCUGAUGAAGAUGUUGAGGACGAAGUGUGUAGCGGUGGUAGCGGAAGCGGCGGUCGCGGGGGCACCCACAUCCACUUGUGGCAAUUCUUGAAGGAGCUCCUUCAGCAGCCACAGCUGUAUGGCUCCUGCAUCCGGUGGCUGGACAGACAGAAGGGUGUGUUUAAGAUUGAGGACAGUGUGCGUGUGGCGAGGCUCUGGGGUAAGCGCAAGAACCGUCCCGCCAUGAACUAUGAUAAACUCUCACGAUCCAUCCGUCAGUACUACAAGAAGGGCAUCAUGAAGAAGACUGAGCGCUCCCAGCGACUGGUAUAUCAGUUCUGCCACCCCUACUGUCUGUAGGGCGCGGCCAGACCUCCCCAGAGUGUGCUUGAGUGUACCUGUGUGAAUGACCAACCUAGCGUUAAGGGGGGGAAGGUAAUUUCCCCUAUUCCCGCACAAGGUCGGUGGACAACUCGGCCUGAGACAGGCCUGAGGUCCACAACAAGGCCCUGUGCGUUAUUUUUACACCAUAUAUCUAUGAUAUAUCCCCAUGUGUAAGUUCUAUGAACUUCGUGUUAUACACGUUCGUGGUGACAUCAGUUAGUGUCGCCCGAGCAGUCUGUAGGCCUAUGUUAUUGUUACCUAGCUCUAUGGUAGGUUUAAGUUAUAGUGUUAAGGUGCAGUGAAAUUGGCUGGAGGGUGCAGGGGAUCAGCCAAGUAUUAGCCGGGCCCCUGCACCAGUGCCUGCCUGUAUUACUGUUUAUUUCCCUAAGAUGUUGUAGCUGUUAAAGUAAUAGUGUUUAAGGUCGUGGUGUGCGAGUGUUGCACCAGACGUUGCCGUGGGGGCGGGCUGAGGGACCGGCCGACCCCUCCCCCAUCCUUACGGCCCAGCGGCGACCCUUUCACCGCCUUCAAGUGAUAUCGCUGAAGGGGGGCGCCGCUCCUGGAUACCGGACGCCCGCAUCUCCUCCACCUAAGGUGGUGGCCACGCGGGCGUUAUGGACUUGGUAUAGUUGUAAGUGUAUCUCACGACGUUACCAAGUCCAACGGGGGUGUGACAGUGAUAUUUGUAGUCUUCGUGAGAAUGUGUGAGUACAUGCUGGCGCGCCUCAUGUGCGUGUGUGUAUAGGCUCGUGGACGUGGUUGAGAUGUGUGUUAGUCUACGCCUUAACCACGACCACUUAUCACCUAGGUCAACACCCCCACCUAUAUUUUUAAAUGUAACAAAUAUAUUUUGUUAAAAUAUAUACUGUAUUGAUUAUUUAUUUAUGCUAUCAAGCACAUAUAUGCAAAUGCCAAAAAAAAAAAUUAUAAUAAAUUAAAAAAAAAAAUCCCCCACCACGUCAUAAAUGAAGAAGAUACAUAAGUCAUAUGUAUUGUUUUCUUGUCCAAAAUAAAUUCCACCCAAAUUGA